CCUCUAAACCAAACGUGGGACUAUAUCAUAGUCGGCAGCGGGGCCGCCGGUAUUCCCUUAGCUGACCGCCUAUCCGAGGCCGGUGCAUCUGUCCUUCUCCUCGAACGCGGCUGGGCAUCUUCUGGUCGCUGGGGCGGAACUUGGAAACCCUCAUGGCUCCAGGGUACUAACCUAACUCGCUUUGAUGUUCCGGCGCUGGCGCAGUUGAUUUGGACUACGGUGGUCGAUAAUAAAGGGAUUUUGUGUGAUGAUGUACAGAUGACGGCAAGUUGUGUGCUUGGUGGAGGCACGGCGAUCAAUGCUGGGCAGUUUUAUCUUCCGACGCCAGAUGACUUCGACAUCAACCAACCACCUGGAUUCCGCUGGGCUGAUAUGACAAGUGCCUUUCAGAAAGCGAAGGACAGACUACCGUGGACGGAACAUCCCAGUCUCGAUGGAAAAUCCUAUCUCACAAACGGCACGCAAAUCGCCAUUGACGCCUUGACGAAUUCCUCGAUGCCGAAUCCACAUCGAUUUAUUCAUGCAAAUGAUGAACUAGAUGAUAGAAACCGCGUGACUUCAUUCGCAGAGUAUUUCUUCAUCAAUGGGGAGAAGGGAGGGCCUAUGGCAACGUACCUGGUCUCUGCGAGUGAAAGGAAGAACUUCCACCUCCAGCUCAACACCACCGUAGCACGUGUCCUUCGCGAUGGCAAUAAGGCUACUGGCGUUGAAGUCGAAGCUACUAGCCCCGGCGGACUCAAUGGCACCAUCAAGGUCACUCCAAGGACUGGAAGAGUCAUUCUCUCCGCCGGCGUAUUCAACACCUUCAAGAUCCUCUUGCGCUCGGGUAUCGGCUCUGCUGAUCAACUCCACCUCCUCUCCAAUCACUCCACUGAAUCCGCAAAACUCCCGCCAAAGGAGCAGUGGAUUAACCUUCCCGUCGGCCAUAAUCUCGACGACUCGCCGGCCAUCGUUCUUGCUGUUGAUGUUCCGCAUCUGGAAAUCUACGAUUGGGAGAGCCUGUGGAAUAGCACGGGCAAUAUACCGGAGAUCAGAGCAUAUUUGGACAAUAGAACGGGACCGCUAGCAGAGAUACAACCGAGCUUAAGCCCAAUUAGCUGGGAGAAGAUCAGAGGGGAGGAUGGAAGAACGAGAGUUGUGCAGUGGGAUGUCAAUUCAAAUAAAGGGAUGGGCUUAGUCGAAGGAGGCUUGCUUCUCUUCACGUCCAACCUGUGUUCCGGAAAGACCUCCCGCGGUCGGCUUUCCCUCGUUCCUUCCCCGUCAAGACUCUUUGUCAAUGUCACAACAAUGCCAUAUUUUAACGAUGAGGGGGAUCACGAUUUCAAGGCGGUGUUGGCUAGCGCCACGUCUUUGCUGGAUAUCUUGAAGACAAUACCGGAUUCUUCAAUCCUGCUUCCGUCAAAGGACACGCCGCUGCAAGAUUACCUACGCGGUUUCAUCGCAUCGCAGGCCUUGACAAGAAAUCAUUGGGCUGGAAGUACGCGUAUGGGGGAGUCGUGCAGUGAUAAGGAGGCGGUGGUGGAUAGUACCACGGCAGUGUGUGGUAUGAAGAACUUGCAUGUCGUGGAUGCAGGAAUUAUCAACGGGGUUCCGACGGCGAAUCCACAGGCUACUUUCAUUGUUGCUGCUGAAAGGGCUGCUGAGAUUAUCCUGGGGUUG